AUGCUCUCUCAGCACCUCCAGAAUACUCGACGCCGCCAAGUGCCAAGAUCGCCCAUCUCCAUUGCCACAGAGCAAGAACUGUUGAUGCUGCUGCCCGAUUUGGAAGUGGCAAAGACACUGGUCGAAAAUUACUUCGAUCGGAUACACUGGUUCAUGCUGGUCUUUCAUCAACGUGAUUUUAGGAACAAGUUCAAAAAUCUAUACGGCCCUGGCCCACGUCCUUCUAACGAGGCUAGCCAAACCAACGGCCGUGUUGGUUACCUUGCUGUACUUUUGGCUGUCUUUGCAACCAGCUUGCAAUACACCAACGUUGAACAGAAGCACCUCCUCCUCUCGCACGGCAUCGACGUCGAGGCACUCACAAACAAGAUAUUGGUAGGCCUCAAACUCAGAUUUCUCGACAUAAUAUCAUUGGGCUCUUUGGAGGUUGUCCAGAUGUGUAUCCUGCUGGGCAGCUACUACCUCUAUCAUGGAGAGCCCGAGAUGGCAUGGCCGCUGUGCGGCUCCGGUUUGCGCAUAGCUCAAGCACUUAACCUCCAUCGCAGGGUCCCAAACGACAAAUCCGAUGACGAGUCUCUUCGGAAGAUGAUUGAAGAUCGAAAACGUGCCUGGUGGGCCAUAUACGAGAUUGAAACUUUCUGUUCGAUGCUAUACGGCUUUCCUUCGAGUAUAUCCGACCGCGAUUGCGACGUCGCUCCGCUUAACCCGUACGACGAAUACUCGGGCUCCAUGUCAGAGGAGCAAUACGCGACGAAACCAAACCUUUUGUUCUUCAAAUGCGCCAUGUCGAAACUGUCCGCGAUUGUCAAGUCAGCAUUGGACGAUCUCUACGGGACUCGUUGUAACGGGGAGCGGCAAGGCCCGAGCCAGGCCGCCCGUUUGAAGAGUCUCGUCAACAAGGUGGCAUCUCUAAACUCAAGACUACUUAGAUGGAACGAUACUCUAUCCCCGAAACUCAAGUAUGACGAGUUGGCUGGCCAAUCAUUGACUAGUGAUCAAGUGGCUGGCCGUUCAACUCAAUCCGAGGUGGAGUUUGAGGAACACCUUUUCAGACUCCAAGCACUUUCGCUCAAGCUGGCAUACGAAAAUGCAAGGAUUCUCGUCCACAGACCUUUAUUAUCCUUCAAAAUGCGCCGACCCCCCCCUGAAGCCCGAGAAGACACUCCUGGUUGCCAAGACCCCUUCCAGCUUGCAAUGCAUACUUGCCGAGACGCCGCGCUACAAAUAUCCCAGGUCGGAUCAACCACAUACCUGCGCGAAGCCUCUGAAACAUACGCCAUUGCGUUUGUCUCGUUGCAUCUUCUCACCGCUGGCGUGACCCUGUGCAUAUCAAUAUCGCUCGACCCAUUGAGCUUGAAAGCGUACGAAUCGAGGAUGGGGAUUCGAAGACUGAUGCAAAUACAAGCUUUGUUGAAAGAUAAAUCUAUUCUUGCUGCCCAGGGACUCGACAUAACAACAAGACUGAUGUCUCUAGUCAUGGCUAAGGAAGUCGACGCCAUGUUCGAAGUUGGUCCAGGGGGCCAAACAACAGGCAAACGGUCCACAGAUUACGAAAGAGGAGAGGCCUCCACGGGAAUUUCCAUAGAACGAUCCUCUGAUCAUGCCCCAGCGCAGGUACCAGUGGAAAUAUCAGCUGCUGCUGAAGGAGACCUUUCCGAGUUAUCACACAUCGAUCUGCCCAGCGAAACAAUCAAUGGGACAUUCGAUGACCAACUCGUCGAAUUUUGCGAGAAUACAUUCAUGACAGAGGCAGUUUUAGAAUAUGAGCAAGGUACGUAG